AUAAUUGUUAAUGGAUAUACAAUAGAAGAUUGCCUAGCAUUAUGAGACUGUUUUAUCUAAAACCCAUUUAAGAACUUUACUUGAUAAUGAAGAUAGAAACAAGCAUAUGGUAGCUUAAUAUGAUGGAAUAUUAUUGGAUUAUUCUCAUGAAAAAGUAGAUACUGAAUUGAUUGGAUAAUUUCAAUAAUUAGCUGAUAGUACCAAUCUUUUUGGAAUUCUUAAAGAUGUCUAAUCAGGAGUAUUGAAUUAUAAUAUAUAAUUAGAUCAAAUUUAAUUCCACUGAAAAUAGAGCAGUAUUACAUACAGCAUUAAGAACACCAGAAGGAUAAUAAGUUAUAGUAGAUGGUUAAAAUGUAGUACCAGAUGUGUAUUAAAUUUUGAAUAGAGUUAAAGCAUUUACAGAAUCUGUUCGAUCAGGAACAUUUUUAGGAUACACAAAGAAAUAAUUAUUGAAUACAGUAGUAAUUGGAAUUGGAGGAAGUUAUUUAGGAAUAGAAUUCAUUUAUGAGGCAUUAAGAACACAUAAUGAGGGAUAAUAGAAAUCAAAAGGAAGAUAAUUAAGAUUCUUAGCAAAUGUAGAUCCAGUAGAUACAAUUAGAGCAUUAUAAGGUUUAAAUGUAGAAGAGACAAUUUUUGUAAUUAAUUCUAAGACAUUUACAACAGCAGAAACAAUUAUGAAUGCAAAAGUAUGUAGAAAUUGGAUUUUGGAACAAUUCAAAUUAUUAGGACAUGAAAAUGAAAAAGUAAUAGUUUUUAAUAACAUAAGGAAAUUUUGGAAUCACAUUUAACUGCUGUAUCUACAAAUUUAGCAGAAACAGGUAAAUUCGGAAUCAAUGAAUAGAGAGUAUUUGGUUUUUGGGAUUGGGUUGGAGGUAGAUAUAGUGUUACAAGUGCAAUUGGAGUGUUACCAUUAAGUCUUUAAUUUGGUUAUGAUUACAUAGCAUAAGUUUUACAUGGAGCUAAUUCUAUUGAUUAACAUCUUGUUAAUGAAAAAUAAGUAAAUAAGAAUUUACCUGUUCUAUUAGGAUUAUUAGGAUGGUAUAGAGCAAGUAUAUAAGUAUAAAUAUAUAUAAAUAUAAUUUAGAAAUAUUAAGCAUUGGCUUUAAUUCCUUAUGCUUAAUGUUUAUUAAGAUUUCCUGCUCAUGUUUAAUAAGUUCAUAUGGAAAGUAAUGGUAAAACAGCACUUGUUUAUCCAGAUAAACAUGAUUAAUAUUUGAGAUCUGCUUGUCCAUUUAUUUUUGGUGAACCAGGAACAAACUCUUAACAUUCCUUUUUCUAAUUAAUACAUUAAGGUUCAUAAGUUAUACCUUGUGAAUUUAUUGGUUAUGCUAGAUCUUAAGCUGAAACUGGAGCCAUUAAUCCAGCAGCUGUAAGAGAUUAACAUGAUGAAUUGAUGUCAAAUUACUUUGCUUAAGUUGAUGCUUUGGCCAGAGGUAAAACUAAAGAAGAAGUUAUUGCUGAAGGAGUUAAGGAAGAAUUAUAACAUCAUAAAGUAUUCCCGGGAGAUAGAUGUAGUUUAUAAAUUCUAUUCUAAAAUGAGGCUAAUCCAUAUAAUGUCGGAUAAUUAUUAGCACUCUAUGAACAUCGAGUUCUUGUUGAAGGGUAUUAAUAUCUUCUCUACAUAGUAUUCUUUGGGGAAUCAAUCCAUUUGAUUAAUGGGGUGUCGAAUUAGGAAAGGUACUUGCUAAAAAUGUUAGAUCAGUUCUUUUAAAAAAUGUUGAUAACCAUAAUAAUUUAGAUUUUACAGGAUUUAAUGCUAAUAGUGCAACCAAAACUCUUAUUAGUCAUUAUAGAGCAUUUUAAGCAAAAUAAUGAUUUAUAAUAAUAAAUACAAAUAAUAUCACACAAC